AUGUCCAAGAUUUCGAAUUGCUAUAAUCGUUCGAAUCUUCAGCUCGCCUUCUAUGGUGCAUAUCAUUCGAAUCCAAUAAACGUAGCAAUUCACAUCGUUUUUGUGCCCACGAUCCUCUGGACCGCACAUGUCUUCGCAUCGCACUGGGCACUCCCUUCACCUAUUCCUUACAUCUAUCACCCGAUAAACAAAUACCUGACUUUUGAAACAAACUGGGCUCUCUUGGCCGGAGCAGGCUACUGGCUAUACUACCUCCUCUUGGAACCAACAGCAGCGCUUCUUUACUUACCGCAGAUGGCAGCCUCUGUUCUUACCGCUACCACUUUCGCACACUCUACGAGUUUCAAUGAGAAACAAAUUUCGAUUACGCUUCACAUCGUUGCUUGGUUGGUACAAUUUGCGGGACACGGCUUUGCCGAAAAGCGAGCGCCUGCACUUUUGGAUGAUCUUGUGGGCGCGCUUGUGCUCGCUCCCCUCUUCGUCCACCUUGAAAUUCUCUUCGGACUUGGGUACAAGCCUGAAUUGCACAAGAAGAUCAAGAACCUUAUUGGGAGGAAAAUUGCCGAUAUUCGAGUUGCAGAAGGAAGGAAGAAGAGGAAAGAGGCGGCCCCAGUGGGAGUGUCGAGUUAA